GGCAUUUGUAGUACUUAGUGGUGAUUUGAGUUAGUAAGAUGCUGUAUAGUGUAUAUACCACCUCUGUCUUUUACUUUCAUGGUCAUCCAUGUUUGUGUGGUAUUUGUAAUGAGUGCCUAUACUGUGUCCCUGCAGGCAACCUGUCUGGUAGGCCAGGGGGAGCCCAGGACCGUUCUUUUGUGAGAGCCACAUCGCUGCUCCACUCGCAUUUCUCUCACACUGAAGCUCUGCAGGAGGCUAUUGUCAGGUCAGUAUGACUGGCAGGGGGCUCUCUCAACAUGCAUUACUCCUCCUCAAGUCAGAUGAUGGGGGAGGGGGAACAGGCCAUCAUUAUGCAGUUUGUAUUAUCUUAAGAUAAAUCCCUGAGUGUUUCCAUUGAGUUGUAAUGUGUCUUACGUUUAUAAUACAGGAGUGCGGGUGCAGCUGUGUACGGGAUCCGCAGUGUGGCCCAGGAGACGUACUUCCUGCAGCAAGGCGGAGCGGUGAGAAACUCUGGCAUCCCCGACCACCAGGACAAUGCUUUCUCUCUGCCUACCAAGGCCCGACACAGAAGACAUUUUGCACAAUAUAUAAUGAAAUUCCAAACCAACACACCACAUGAAAUAUGAUCUUAUAGAGAUGUUGUGUAACAAAUAUUCAAUGUACAAACAUCAUGAAGGCAUCAUGGCUGCCGGGUUUCCUAAUCACUGUAAUCCUUUUCAUUUGGAUAAAGAUAAUCAGCUACCACUGAAUCCUUCACCACCAACCACAAUGUAUUUAAAAAAAAAUAUUAUGUUGUACCUAAUGACAUACCAUAUGUAGGAAAAACGUAUUAUAUAUAAUUACAGAUAUCAUGUAAUAUUUUUAGUGUGUUUUUAGUGUAAUAUUCUGUCCUGAGAGUGCACUCUUGGGUUUUCAUUGUAGAGUUGAUUUUGACCACCUCUGAAAUCAAGCCAAAAGCCAUUGAAUACACUAAAUGUGAUACUCUCUGAUGAAUGGGGCACAUGAAUCAUUUGCCAAUAAUAUUCCGUAAGGUUGUCGGCCAUCGUGCUCCCUAUAGUGCCAUAACGAUAGUAUUACUGUAGCACCAGGCACACAGCUCAGGCUAAGCAUAAAUACGGCGCCCACAGUACUUUACAAACACUAAAGUACGAACACUGACCCCAAUUGUUAUCAUGGUAAUUAUAUUGCUUUGGGUGAAGGGGACGAACAAUGCCUAAAUGUAAGUUUUCAUGAAAUUUAAGAUAGCUGGACUGUCUACGUGCGUAAAUAUAUCCAAAUAGAAAGUAACAUCGGUUUCUGUGCCUGGUGUCCUGGAAAUAAGUAGUCUCGAAAAACCAACCCUAAGCCAUAACCUUUCUUGAUGGUCCAAAUAUAGUGUAAUUAGGGUCAUUAGAUACGCUGUAGCUGAAUUUGAAUGACUGGAGUCGGUGUUUUCGGAGUGCCUUAUUAUGCAAACUAAUUUUAUGGGUCAGUGGGGUGCAAAUCGGUAGUUAGGGGCACGAACAAAACAGGGGGGUGGAGAAACAGAAUUAAAAUUCUAAGUGGCAGAAUGCCCCAUUGUCAGUGGAGGGGCAUACCCUAUAAACCACGCAGAUAAGCGGUCUUUUUCAGAUACACCGCACCACUGGACGGAGCUGGUACAACUAGUGGAGCUCUCCAAUUACGGACCCAUCACCAUGGCUUCUACCACAUGCUCUUGGAUUGCCUUCAUUUUCUUAUCUGUGUCUACUCAUUUCAUUGGAGUACAGUGUCGCGCGGUGCAGGAGAUACUGUCAAAGUCCUCCGCUUUUCAGGAUGGUCCCAAUACUUUACCUACAGAUAUCUUGAGACGAUGGCGACGGGAGAGCGAUGAGACGCAGCGGCAACAUUGCGCAGUGUUGUCAGCGCCUUGGAUGGAAACCAGCGCGUACCCGAUGGAAUUGGCACUGCUACAUCGUCUCCGGGUGCGUUCAAUGGCCCAAGGAGGUUUACGGCGCACAGUCUUUCCUGAGCAACCACUAUUCCAUUUUGUCAGACGCGUCUAUCAUUGCUGUCAGUUAGGUUUUCAUUGCAGAGGCGUCAAAGGGAUUCAGGGUAGUAUCAGUGGAGAUACAGAUGUGGAGUUCCUUCUCAGUCAGGAUGUUCUGUCAGUGACAGUCAUGAGAGCUGAGAUUCAUCUCUAUGUGUUGAAUCCUCAACACCUGAACAUAGAGCCUGUUCUUCCAUACAUGGCAAAACGCAAGCUUCCCACACGAUACAGUUUUGGGUCAAAGGAGAAUGUCCUGGAGCUUCGAGUGGAUCUGCUGUUCCUAUUCCAAGGUCUUCAGGAGGCAGCUGGUGGUGUCAGAGGGGAGCCAAGUCUGGUUGACAUGCGGAAAGUGGGGGAGCUUUCAAGCGGGGGUCCACGAGAAAGGCCAAGAGAUCCAUGGUCUCUGCAGGACACCAAUGCUGAUCUGUUGGGGGAGGGGGUGGGCCCCCUGCUGACAGCCAUGGAGCUGGGCCUGGCCCUGAAUUGUGACAGGGGGGGAGUGGAGGUGUCUUGUGAGCACAAUGGAGUCCACCUAUUACACUCUCCAUUCAUUGCUCUCUCCUACAGAUAAAGAUGACGCAAACCAGUAUUGUACACACUAUCACAUUUUACCUUGAGUUGCACCAUAACCCCAUCUCCAUGUCGUCUCUAAUGUCCUCAAGUCUAUGAAGCUGCAUUUAUCUCUCGGUGGGCAACAUGUCAACUUUUAUUAUUGAUAUGUGAAGGAAGUGGAUCUGAUGUCUUAACUACAUAACUUUUGCAAUAACCCUUUGCAAAAUAAAACAUUGUCUUUAAUGUUGUGAUGCAAAAUAUAUUUUUUUAUAUACAUAAUACCCCAACGUGUAUGUGGUUCUGUGCACUUCAGAAAAUGCUUGAAUAUAUUAACUUAUCAGUGUUGUGUUUUGUCAGAAAGAAAUGCAUUUGUAAAGAUGUAAAUAGUGUAUAUUAUCACAUAUGUUUAUUGGAAAAUUGUUUUUGAUUUUCCUUUAUUGAAACUCAAUUUAUUAAAUUUGUGAAACUAUG